AAGUGGAAUUUUUCUACCUCUGUUAGUAUAAAGUCAGAAGCAAAUUUUGAUCCUAACUUUCCAGAUCACCAAAGGAAAGCUGUAGAAAUAAAAUCCACAAGAUGACACCUUACAGAAAUGGCUCCAUCUCCACUGGGAUUUCAGACUUCCUCUUAAAUUGUUUUGUCAGGUACCCCAGCUGGCAGCUAUGGCUGUCCCUGCCACUCAGCCUCCUCUUCCUCCUGGCCAUGGGGUCUAAUGCUAUUGUCCUCAUCACCAUCUGGCUGGAGGCCUCCCUGCACAAGCCUAUGUACUAUCUCCUCAGCCUCCUUUCCCUGCAGGACGUGGUGAUUUGUCUCACUGUCAUUCCCAAGGUACUGGCCAUCUUCUGGUUCGACCUCAGACCCAUCAGCUUCUUUUCCUGCUUCUUCCAGAUGUUCAUCAUGAAUUACUUCUUUGCUAUGGAGUCCUGCACAUUCAUGGUCAUGGCCUAUGACCGCUAUGUGGCCGUCUGCCACCCACUGCAGUACACAUCCAUUAUCACUGACCAAUUUGUAGCCAAGGCUGUCAUUUUCAUUUUGGCCAGAAAUGCUAUUUUUACCCUAACCAUUGCCAUUCUCUCUGCUCGACUCCAUUACUGUGGGAGAAAUGUCAUUGAGAACUGCAUCUGUGCCAAUAUGUCUGUCUCAAGGCUCUCCUGUGAUGAUGUCACCAUCAAUCGCCUCUACCAAUUUGCUGUAGGCUGGACUCUGCUAGGAUCUGACCUCAUCCUCAUCUUUCUCUCCUACACCCUCAUACUGCGAGCUGUGCUGAGACUCAAGGCAGAGGGUGCUGUGGCCAAGGCCCUAAGCACAUGUGGCUCCCACUUCAUCCUUAUCUUCUUUUUUAGCACCAUCCUCCUGGUCUUCGUCCUUACUCAUGUGGCUAAGAAGAAGGUCUCCCCUGAUGUGCCAGUCUUGCUCAAUGUCCUCCACCACAUCAUUCCUGCAGCCCUCAAUCCCAUUGUUUAUGGAGUGCGAACCCAGGAGAUCAAGCAAGGAAUCCAGAGAUUACUGAAGAAAGGGUAGUGAUAAGGACAAGAGAACUGGAUCUCUGCAUUCCUGUUAAAUAAUGAUGUUUUAGGAAUCAGUAAUGAAUGAAUGUACCGAUGGUCAAAUUUAUUAAUUAUAAUCUCAAGCUAAGUAAACUAGGUAUUGUGGCUUCUGAACCUUCACAUUGCUUUUGCUUUGUUUUGUAUUUUAAGUUUCCCUUUUUCUCACUCCUCCAUUGGGAAUCACUUUGACCCUUUCUCCUUAAUUUCUAUGCUUGUAAUCCUACUAUUCAGAAACUGAGAUUCUUUGGGCAGGUUCUAAAAUAAUAAUUUAAUAUUCCUGAAAAUGCAACUCUUAAUUUAUCAUGAAAUUUAUGUUCCUAAAUAUAUAACUAUAGAUAUUUUGCAUGUUGUUUUUUGUAUUGUUACUCAAAUUUCUACAGAAAGGAAUAUAGUGAAGAAUAAGUUACAGGAAUUAAAAUUUCAGUCCUGAAUGAUGAUAAGUUAUCAUUAGUCUGUAGUUAGGUCUUUAUCUCUUUCUCUCUGUCUCUUUCUCUCUCUUUUCUCUCUUUCUUUCUCUGUCUGUCUCUCCUUUAUCAGACAAGGGGUCUUUUGCCAUGUUCAUUGCAAAACUGCAUGGUUUUUGCCAGGAUUGCUCAUGUGUGUAACAAUAAGCAAUGAGCUUUAUUGAAUUUAAAUGACUCCUAAAUCCUUUUCCCCAAUGUGUCUGUACUUUGGACAUUAGUCUUUUAGAUUGAGGGGGUCAUAGUUUAUGAUAUGUGGACGUAGCUUUGUCAGUAAGACAAAGGGUUGAAAUGAUUGUGAUAUAAGAUCCAGUAAUGAUACUGGAAUGUAAAAUAACCUGGCUUACCAUUAUUUUCUUAUUAAUUGGACAUUUUCUGAGCACAUACUAUAUCCUGGGAAUCCAUGAGCCAUUGAGUACACAAAAAUGAAAAGAACAUUGUUGUUGCUUUGAGAAAUUCAAAGUGGAAUCCAAAAACUCCCUGAGUUUUAGGAAUAUAUUCUUCUUAACGAGAAAGGGGUGAGAAAUGGAAUAAGGUUGACGUAUGGUCAAUAAGAUGCUUGGCACUGGAUGAAGAGUUGAGACAGGGAAGAGACUGGGCUGGCUGAAUUAAAUAAGGACUACAUUUCAAGGUCCUGUGUGCUUGACCAGCUAUAAAUUACUGAUAAUCCUUCUGAGUUGUUUUUCAAGCCCUCACCAGCAUGAGCAGUAAAGAUCAACGUGGCCUAGCAGACACCCCUUGCCGGGGCUCGAACCAAGAUCCAGGGACAUCACACAUGCACAACACCCCAGAAUAAAUCCUGUUCAAUAUCCUUGCAGCCUUUGUGACAGACUCCAUCUUAGUUUCAGCAACCUCUGUGAGGAAGUCCAUCUUGAAUUCUAACUGCACACGCAUUUGAUUUUCAUAACCCCUCCCCUUCUCCUGGAAAUCUCCACCCAUCUAAUGAAUAAAGAUGUUGCCUUUUUCCUGCCUAAAAACUUUUAUAAGCCCUAAGAGGUCUUUUGUCCAGUGAGAGACUGGAGGCUAACAUAGGUGGAAACCCCUCUCCCUCAUGAGCCUUUUACUUUCUUUCUGUCCUUAAUAAACCUUUGUUUGUGUGGAACCUCUGAGCCUCUUCUGGUCAUUCUUGGUCAGAAGAAGGCAAGAACUUAGACAGGGCUUAGUCCCAAGAUGGGAAACAUUGCCCUGUAACAGAGUUACAGAAUCUGGAUUGUAGGCCUUUCUCAAACACACACACACAUACACACACACAAAUUGGAUGCCUGGGAACAAAUCAGUUGUUCUCACUGUUUCAGUUGCUCAUCUAUUACCUGAGAGUAGUGAACAAUUUGUCUUAAAAUAUUCAUUCUAGAUAUGCUUUUGUCCCU